AUGCCUUGGGGCAAAGACAUCAUCGAGAUACAAGCAGACCGCACAGAAGCGGUCCGCCGGGCCUUUGAGCGUGCCGAAAGACGGAACUACACUUUUAAGUUCAAAGAUCGUCGUGGCCUGGGUGGCCUGGGUGGUUCUGGUAACCUUGACGAGUUUCUGGUUGAGCUACGUCAGAACGACCCGAAAGUGGAACCAACUGUGAAAGAUAUGAUGGAUAUCGUUAUUCCUAUUGUCGAAAGGCAAUUCCGCAUAGAGGACGUGUACCUGGAACGAUUGUGCAUUAUGGGUGACGCGGGAGCCCUGACAUGGUUGGAAGAGUUGAACCCAAUGCAUCAGCUGGCAUGGUCGAGACUUAUCAAAGAGUUGGAAGGGAACGAAUGGCCGGGGCUGUUCGGAUACUUGAAACGACUGGUGGAAUACUUAUCCUUAGCUUCGGGGACAUCGCAUUGA